CAAAUGCGGGGAGGCCAAAAGUGAGGACGAGAUGCACGUGGCCAAGUUCUUCUCCCCAAACCGAAAGCAACGAUGCCUCUCCCUCCUCAACUCAUGUUCCUCAACGUCCCAACUCCUCCAGAUCCAGGCCCACAUCCAAACCCUAGGCCUCUCCCGCGACCCGUUCCUCACGGCCCAGCUCCUCAAGCUCUCCUCCCUCUCCCCCUUCGCCCGCUUACCCUACGCCCGCUCCCUCUUAUCCUACGCCCCCAACCCCACUCGCCCCUCCUUCAACCAUCUAAUCCGAGGGCUGAGCCGCAGCGACGGCGAAGCCUUAGCAGUCUUUGCCCAAAUGCGGCGGGCCGGCGUCGAGCCCAACGAGCUCACGUACCCUUUCGUGCUCAAAGCAUGCGCUCACUCGUCCGCCCUCGAGCUUGGGAAGCAAGCGCAUUGUGAUUGCAUCAAGAGGGGGUUCCAUCAAGUAGUUUAUGUUCAGAACACCCUGAUGCUGCUGUAUGGGAGCUGCGGGCUCGUCCAUGAUGUUCGCAAGGCGUUUGAUGAAAUGACCCUUAGAACGUUAGUCUCUUGGAACACCAUCUUGACGGCCCAUGUUGAUAACUUGUUCCCCGAAGAAGCAGUUGGCUUGUUCGGGAAAAUGACGUCUGAACUGUUCGAGCCUGAUGAGACCACUUUCGUGCUUCUUCUUUCUGCUGCGCCCGACUUUGGAAGUUUAAGAUUUGGAAAAUGGAUUCACGGUCAAAUUACCAGUCAGGGGUUCGAUGUAAACGUGCAGCUGGGCACGGCGAUCAUCAAUAUGUACACAAAGUGUGGGGAUUUAUGUUCCGCUAAGAAAGUGUUUGAGAGGAUGCGAGUGAAGAAUGUGUGGACUUGGACUGCAAUGAUUCUUGGUUACGCUCACUACGGAUCAGGGGAAGAUGCCCUUGAGCUCUUCACACAGAUGAAGGAAUCUUCGGUCAGGCCUAACUAUGUGACAUUUCUCGGCGUUCUAUGUGCUUGUAGCCAUUCGGGUUUAGUAAAUGAAGGGUUCCAAUUCUUCAGUGAAAUGGUGCGCGUGCACAAAAUCAACCCUAGAAUGACUCAUUACAGUUCAAUGGUCGAUAUACUAGGCCGAAAGGGUCUUCUCACUGAAGCAUAUGGGUUCAUAAAUAAAAUGCCGGUGGAUGCUGAUGCAGUGGUGUGGAGAACAUUGCUUAGUGCAUGCCAAAUACAUAUCGAUAAAGAUUUAGAUGGGGUUGGAGAGAAGGCUAGAAGGAGAUUGCUUGAGUUGGAGCCAAACAGAAGCGGGAAUUAUGUGAUGGUCGCUAACAUGUUUUCGGAGGCUGGAUCAUGGGAGGAAGCUGCGAGAGUAAGGAGGAUGAUGAGAGACGAGGGGUUGAAGAAAGUAGCUGGGGAGAGUUGUGUUGAAGUUGAUAGAUCAAUAUACAGGUUCGUCUCAGGGUGUGAUGCUUAUGAUGAUUGCGGGUAUGUUUAUGACAUGUUGGAUGGAUUGAGCUUGAAUAUGAAGAUGAUUGGCUCCAAGGGUUUCAUAUCCCUUGAAGAACUAGAGGAUGGACUGUGAUUUGAAGGAUACAGAGAAAUAAGCGAAGAACGCCAAGACUCCUCAACCGUUAAGAGCAGUUACACAGAGGAAGAAUUCAUCGCCUUUUGAUGCCCAAUGAUGCGACUUCGAGGCUAGUGUUAGGAAACAGCUUUGUUCAAGUGAUCCACUACCUUCUAACAUCGAAAAGACCGACUCCAACUAGGUACAACGCAAGGUACAACAAGGUUGCAAUAGCUAUUCGUAACCGGAUGCAAGCUCUCCAGAUAUCAGGGUAAGUUCGAAUGAGAGGGGUCAGCACGCCUGCAUCUUUGGAUCAGAGAUCCAGUACGUAGCAACAGAUUAUUAUCACGGGCAAGAAAAGUGCUAAGCUCAACCAUCCACCUUACGAAAGUGCGUACGUUCAUUGACCGCACGCCGAUACCUUCGGGAGAGGAAAAUGCAAGUAAGGACCUAGCUAGGCGCUCCGCUGUCAAUUAGCUUAAGUUUUUUUUUUAGCGAAUCAGAUUAUUAGAAUCGGACUAAGGUAGGAAUUAUGGUACAAUAACAAUAGGUGCUCAUAAUUUCUAGAUUAUGCCUCGGAUAAUCCAGAGUCCGCGUGCAAUUUUCUGGAGCAGUUGCUCAAGCAUUGGGUUCCUUGUGUGCUGCGUAGUUAAGAAGAAGAUCAUCUAUGAUCCUAUUAGCUCUAGCUCUAGGAAAAGCAAAACGGUCGGCUACUUGAUCUCAGUUUAAUUAAUUAAUUAAUUAAUUAAUUGCUCAGUGAACGGCUCCAAAAAGGAGCUCGACCUUCCCUAUGAUUGAGAGAGUAGUCAAAGAAGCAGAGAUUUGAUGACGUGGGGGCUUCGGAAAAGGAAAUCAUUCAAAAUAUACGUGGUAGCAGGAUGACGUGGGGGCAAGAAGAGCUUGGGAAAAGGAGUUAUUACGUAAAAUCGAGCUUGGGAAAAAGAUGACGUGGCCAAAGUUCUCCCCGAGACAACAAUGCGUCUCCCUCCUGAGCUCGUGUUCCUCGAUGUCCCAGCUCCUCCAGGUCCAGGCCCACAUCCAAACCCUGGGCCUCUCCCACGACCCAGUCCUCACGGCCCAGCUCAUCAAGCUCUCCUCCAUCUCCCCCUUCGCCCGCUUACCCUACGCCCGCUCCCUCUUAUCCUCCGCCCCCAACCCCAGCCGCCCCUCCUUCAACCAUGUAAUCCGAGGACUGAGCCACG